UACGGAGGUGGUGGUGGUGGUGGUGGUGGUAGUGUUCUUUUUUCUUCCGGCGGUGCUUAUGGUAGCUUUGGCGGUGGUGGUGGGGGUAUGAUGGCCCCCACGAUCGCAAAUGUCCAAUGCAACCAGAGCCUGCUGGCUCCCCUGAACCUUCAGAUUGACCCCGACAUCUCGAUUGUCCGUACCGAAGAGAAAAAUCAGAUCAGGGGUCUAAACAACCGCUUCGCCAGCUUCAUUGACAAGGUGCGAUUCCUGGAGCAGCAGAACAAAAUGCUGGAGACCAAGUGGAGCCUGCUGCAGGAGCAGACCACCUCCCGCUCCAACAUCGACGCCAUGUUCGAGGCCUACAUCGCCAACCUGCGCAGACAGCUGGAUGGACUCGGCAACGAGAAGGUCAAGCUGGAGGGAGAGCUGAAAAACAUGCAGGGACUGGUGGAGGAUUUCAAGAACAAAUAUGAAGAUGAAAUCAACAAGCGUGCUGGUGUGGAAAAUGAGUUUGUGCUCCCCAAGAAGGAACUGAAUGAACCUAGACAGAUCACACACUUCAGUCAUUGUGUCGAUGGACAACAGCUUUAA